AUGGACUUCUUGAAGUCCGCCGUGGCUUCGGCCAUGGCCUCUGGCCCUCCUUUCCCAUAUACCUACGGCGACAAGGUCGACAUCGACGAGUCUAUCUGGACCCUGCACAAUGGAACCAAGAGGGAUGAUGGCUCCAACUGCAGUAUCUUUUCUUUCGACAUUCCUGCCAACAAGUCCCUCUUACCGCUGGCGAAAAACGCGCUCAAGAAAUUACGAACCCUCCGUCACCCCGGCGUACUCAAGGUCCACGAUACCGUCGAGACCGAAACGAAACUAUUGAUCGCGACCGAGCGCGUUGUUCCCUUGCGAUGGCAUAUACGAAGAAAGAGCUUAAGUCCCGAGACCAUCAAAUGGGGUUUGCACGGGAUUGCGCGCACGAUAAAGUUCAUAAAUGGCGAUGCGUCAUCUAUACACGGCAGCCUCAAAGUUGGGUCCAUCUACACCUCAGAGAGCGGAGAGUGGAAGCUGGGUGGAUUCGAGGUGCUGAGUAGUAUUAAAGACGACGAGUCUGUCAUAUAUACUUAUGGCUCGUUGGUCCCCGAUUCUCCCCGGUAUUCUCCUCCAGAAGUCGCACAAAAUGGAUGGGAGGUUAUCAAGAAGCAUCCACAGACGGCUGUCGAUGCUUUUGAUUUUGGAAUUUUGGUAUUCGAGGUCUUUAAUGGAGAAUAUCACGGUACAGACCAGGCUGGGCAGACCAAAAAUGUCCCCCCUUCCAUGCAGUCAAGCUACAGGCGACUGUGCAAUAACAAUCCGAAGGCUCGCAUCAGUGUCGGAAACUUCCUGGAUCAGGGUGUUCGGACCGGUUCUUUCUUUGACAAUUCCCUGAUUAAGUUGACAGAAGGAAUCGAUAACCUGGGUGUGAAAACACCAGAAGAGCGCGAAGAAUUUCUUAGUGAUCUGGAUCAGCUUAGCGACGACUUUCCUGAAGACUUCUUCAAGCUCAAAGUAUUACCGGAGCUGAUCAAGUCAGUUGAAUAUGGUGGCGGCGGGCCAAAGGCUCUCAAUGUCAUCUUCAAGAUUGCUACCAAAAUGUCUAACGAGGAUUUUGAGAGCAAAAUCACCCCCUUUGUUGUUCGAGCGUUUUCGAAUCCUGACCGCGCCCUUCGAGUUUGUCUGCUGGAUAACCUGCAUUUAAUGAUUGAUCGGAUACCGCAGAAGAUUGUCAAUGACAAAAUAUUCCCCCAGCUGGUCACUGGGUUUACGGAUGUCGCACCAGUUGUCCGUGAACAGACGCUCAAGUCUGUUCUUGUGAUUGUCCCUAAGCUUUCGGAUAGAACAAUCAAUGGUGAUUUGUUGAAGCAGCUUGCCAAGACUGCAAAUGACGAGCAACCUGGAAUCCGCACAAACACGACCAUUUGCCUGGGAAAGAUCUCUAAGCACCUAGGCACAUCCACAAGAUCUAAGGUGUUAACCGCGGCGUUCAGUCGCUCAUUGAGGGACCCAUUUGUGCCUGCGAGGAACGCCGCCCUCAUGGCACUUGGAGCGACGGUUGAGCAUUUUAGCGAUGAGGACUGCGCAGGAAAGAUUCUCCCUGUCGUGUGCCCUCUACUCAUGGACAAGGACAAGCUUGUUCGGGACUCUGCCAAUCGUACAGUCGAUACGUAUCUUGUCAGAAUCCGCAAGGCAGCUUCGGAAAUUCCGGACACCACGACCAUGGCACCUCAACCUUCGAUUAGCGGUAUCGCAUCGCCGAACGUGACCCAGGGAGAAGUUGCUGGCUGGACAGGAUGGGCCAUUUCAUCAUUCACAAACAAGCUGUCUGCGUCGGCCGGCACCAUGCAAGCUACAAACGGAAACCUAGUCUCUCCACAGCCCUCACCGGCACUGGAUCCACGCAAGUCGGGAGGUGCAAACACCCCUCUAACAGCUUCCCGUGUCACCUCACCCAAUCCUGCAACCGUAGCACGAGCUUUCUUCCCGCCUGAGGAGCCACAGGAUGAUGCGGGUGAUGGCUGGGGCGACAUGGCCGACGAUGACAAUGACGGUUUCUCCGAGAAGCCGUCCUCAUCUGCUGGCCAGAAGAACUCCACACCAACAGUUGCCGCCGCGCCAUUUGAUGACGGCGGUGAGCCUGACUUUGCUAGCUGGCUAGAACAGCGAGCAAAAGGCCCAGCAAAAUCAAAGCCCCUCCCGAAAGGCCUCGCAAAGUCAACAACAGCUGCGGGAGCAAAGAAGACGGUGACGAAACCAGUUUCAAAACCGGCCGCUAAGCCCCUAGCUGCAAAGAAGAUCAAUAUGGCGCCAAAGGCAUCUGCCGACGACGACGAGGGCUGGGGAGACGCGAAACCGCGAAACGGCGCCAUCAAGAUGUCGACCAAGGCCGCGGCCACCAAGGUCGCCCACUCGAAGAAGCAGGCCUCCAAGAUCACCAAGCCCAAGCAGCGCAGCAAGGGCAACCCCGACAAGGUCCACCGCAAGUUCACGUCCGGCAUGACGGCGCGCACCGAGGCGCUGCUGGGCGAGCGUGCCGGCCACCUCGAGCUGAUCGGCCAGGGGAAGAAGGGCAAGAAGGUGGCGAAGGCGGGCGGAUCUAAGAGAUUUGGUUAG